AUGCAGCCUAAAACUUUCGUCCACCAACUCCACUCAAUUCUUCUGGAACCGGAAGUGAACAAAUGGAUAUACUGGUCUCCGACAGAUAAUAUGGUAUUUUUUUUGAAGCCAUACGACCCUAACUUUAGCACGCAUGUUCUGAAACGUUAUUUUAAGCAUGGAAAUGUUAAUAGUUUUGUUCGUCAAUUGCACAUGUACGGGUUUCACAAACUAUCACAUCCUUCUCCUGACCAGGUAUCUACCAAUAAUGGCAACGUGAAAGAACUUGUUGAAUGGAAAUUCACUCAUCCAUCGGGGUUCUUCUUCAAAGAGGCCAAUGCCGGUGUUUUGAAUAAAAUUCAAAGGAAAAGCACUGGUGUAGGGAAAGAUGGUAAAAGAAAAAAUAUUCUGUCACCAAUUUCUGUUAGUUAUGUUGAUGCUUCAAGACUAAAUGUUCUUCCUCAACAAUCCGUUCUUGCUUCCUCAAGGGAACCUCAAAGCAUGUUUAUGGGUGCUACUGCGCAUCAUUACUCAUUAUCGCAAGGUCCUCCGCAUAUAAAUUUACAGCAGCAGCAACAGAAUAAUGGUCCCUAUCUCAUAUCUUCACUGCCUCCUCAACAACCCACCGUCAACAUAAUGCGAAGGCAAAGCAUCUCUGCAAGGAUGAUGAACUCUUACGAUUAUCCUAAUCAAUUUUCCACCCAGGAUGGUGUAAUGCAGCCUCAACAACCGCAACAGGUAAUUCCUUCAUCAGCAUUAUCAGGUCCUCCGAUGAAGAAGUCACGAACGCUAUCCUCGGCCGACGAUUUAAAGGCAACUUCCUUGCCAAUCGCUAAUUAUCCCAUGCCAUAUCACCCGGGAACUUUUGUCCAACAGCAGCAACCUCUUUCUACAAUUGCGCCAUAUUCCUCUUUUUCUACUCCAUUCUCCUCGAUGAUGAACUCUCUUUCCAAUUCUGCUUCUAAUUCACCUGCCUUAGGAGUUUGUAAUAAUAAUGUAACACUACCUAAAAAGAACGAUACUAGUGAAAGGCAAGCUUUAGAUAACCAUAUACAAACAUUAAAAAAUUCUCUAUCAACAAUUACUGAUUUAAUAGAGAGGCAUAUUAACGACUCGCAACAAGACGAAAAUAUAACUAAAACUAAUGAUGCUUUAAAUAAAGACCUUCGAACAAGUUUAUCCUUAUUACAGAAUUCUAAGGAGGAAAUCGCACAACUGGAAAAUAAAUGGACAUCCAUACAAUCCGUUAAGACACCUGUUUUACCCUUGCAAGAAACUACAAAUACAUCAUCCAUCUUAACUCCCUUGACCUCAAGCAUCACGCCCAAGAGUAUGCCUAUAAUAACAAAGAGUGAAUCCUCCAAUAAACCAGCAUCGUACUAA